CGUUCGCUCUUCAGUACGUCCGACUAGUUUCAAUCGCGCGUACCUACCGGGGUCCGAAUCAUUCUAAUCCUAAUCCUGUCCAAAAAUGCUCGAGCAAAUUUUCACCAGUGAUGAUACGGUCCGGGAUCCGGCCAAAAGUGCCCACUCGCCGAUUCGAAACUUUUUCGAUGGAAAAACCGUCUUUCUCACCGGGGGAACCGGUUUCCUCGGGAAAUUGUUCAUCGAAAAGCUGCUGCAAUGUGAAGUGCGUGAGAUAGUGCUACUAAUUCGCAGCAAACGUGGCCGGACACCGCGGGAGCGUUUGCAACGGCAGCUGGAGCGAGAACCUAUCUACACGAAAUAUGCACGGGAUGCCAACUUCUACUGGAGUCGGCUGCGCAUCAUGGAGGGGGCACUGGAGCAGGAGGAACUGGGCCUAACCGAGGUGGACGUAGAUUAUCUCAAAAACAAUGUCGAUAUCGUGAUCCAUUGCGCUGCGGAUGUUCGAUUCGACUUGUCACUGAAGGCCUCGUUCAAAACGAAUGUAUUCGGGGCGAACCAACUGAUUCAGAUUGCACUCGGAAUGCGGAGAUUGAUUUCGUUCCUGUACAUUUCCACGGCCUACUCGAACUGCAUUCAGGAAGUGGUCGAGGAGAAGUUCUACGAUGUGGAUGUGGACCCUUUGGAGAUGAUGCGCAUCGUCGAAGCCAUCGACGAGGAGCAGUUGGAUACGCUUUCCACGAAAAUUAUCUAUCCUUGGCCGAACACCUACACGUACGCAAAGGCCCAGGCGGAAAAUGUGUUCCGAAAGCACUGCGACCGGCUGCCGAUUGUGCUGAUCCGCCCGUCGAUAGUAAUUUCAACCCUGGAGGAUCCAAUCGAAGGUUGGACGGACAACAUAUACGGCCUGAAUGGAGUGAUCACCGGCAUUGGCAGUGGAGUUCUGCGCGUCCUGCACCUCGAUCCCAGCUACUGUGUGGACGUCGUUCCGGCUGAUCUGGUGGUAAACUCCAGCCUGGCUACCAUCUGGUACACGGGAACUCGGCCACAGCCGAUCGGUGGCCAGGAUAAGGUCUUCAACUGUGUGAGCCGAAAGGACAAUCCCUUCACCUACGACAAUGUGCGGGAGUUUUGCUUGAUGUCCAGGGGAAAGAUUCCGGCCCUGCAGACCCUGUGGUUCCCGACGAUCACAUUCACAAAUUCGGCCGCCCUGCACUGGUUGCUGCUGAUCUUGUACCACUUCAUUCCGGCGGUAUUUUUCGAUCUAUUUGCGAAGUUGAGCGGCAGAGAGGCGAAGGUUCUAUUCCUCUACCGAAAGGUGCAACAGUUUGCCGAUGCACUGGAAUUUUUCACCACAAACCAAUGGACUAUGGUUAACACCCGGAUGCGUCAGGUGUACGAAUGCAUGUCGGAGGACGACAAGCAGUGCUUCCCGGCCGAUGUCAGGCUCGUCAAGUGGCGGGACUUUGUCCACAUCUACUGUCUGGGGUUGCGCAAGUACAUCCUGAAGGAGGAUAUGAACAAUCUGGAUCAGGCUUUGAAGAAGUUCCGCUUGUUGCGGUUGGGCCACUUUACGGUGCUGACCGUGAUGUACCUGGCGAUUUGCUUGAUCGGUUACGUUACUCUUCAAUGCUUUUGGUCUCGAUGGAUUUCCAGCUACUUCGCCGUUUGAGUGGUUGUAAUAAAUGACAUUUUU